AUGGCAGGCGACGAAGCCAGCCCCCCUCAGGAAGAGCCACCCCACAAUGGCCUACACUCCAAGGCCUGCCUCAGCCCUUUCCUCCCACCGACCCAGCCCGCCCUCACAGAAACCUGCCCCGAGUCUCCUUCAACCCAACUCCCUGCUUCGCCCAAUAAUUCAAUUUCCGCCCCCCCCCCGGAAGCACGGACUGCCGAGCCAAUAGGGACGCAGCGUCAUACCAGCCGUUUGAGGCUUGAGCCAAUAGGGACGCAGCGUCAUACCAGCCGUUUGAGGCUUGAGCCAAUAGGGACGCAGCGUCAUACCAGCCGUUGGAGGCUUGAGCCAAUAGGGACGCAGCGUCAUACCAGCCGUUUGAGGCUUGAGCCAAUAGGGACGCAGCGUCAUACCAGCCGUUUGAGGCUUGAGCCAAUAGGGACGCAGCGUCAUACCAGCCGUUGGAGGCUUGAGCCAAUAGGGACGCAGCGUCAUACCAGCCGUUGGAGGCUUGAGCCAAUAGGGACGCAGCAUCAUACCAGCCGUUGGAGGUUUGAGCCAAUAGGGACGCAGCGUCAUACCAGCCGUUUGAGGCUUGAGCCAAUUAGAGGCGGCGAUAUUUCUGUAGCAUUAAAAGAAGGCCAAGUGAGACCAGUAGAGCUCUGUCAGAAGUGUUUGGCCUUAAUCAAGGACACCAAAGUGCUUAAUGCUUAUAUCACUGUAACAGAGGACACAGCAUUAAAGCAGGCUGAAGCAUCUGAAAAAAGAUACAGAAAAGGUCAGAGGCUGGGAGAUUUAGAUGGAAUUCCUAUUGCAGUGAAAGACAACUUCAGUACAAUGGGUAUUGAAACAACAUGUGCAUCCAAUAUGUUAAAAGGUUAUGUACCCCCUUACAAUGCAACAGUAGUUCAGAAAUUGCUGGAUCAAGGAGCUAUACUUAUUGGGAAAACAAACCUAGAUGAAUUUGCUAUGGGGUCUGGAAGUACAGAUGGGGCGUUUGGACCGGUGAGGAACCCCUGGAGUUAUUCACGGCAAUACAGAGAAAAGUGCAGGCGAAACUCCAGCCUGCAGGAUGAAGAGCUCAGCUGGCUGAUAACAGGCGGGAGCUCUGGAGGCAGUGCAGCUGCAGUGUCAUCUUCCACAUGCUUUGCGGCACUGGGAUCUGAUAGUGGGGGGUCAACCAGGAAUCCAGCCUCUCUCUGUGGAGUUGUUGGUUUGAAGCCAACAUAUGGCUUAAUUUCCCGUCAUGGCCUCAUUCCACUUGUGAAUUCUAUGGAUGUGCCAGGCAUUUUGACAAGAUGUGUGGAUGAUGCAGCGACUAUGUUGGGAGUACUUGGUGGACAUGAUCCAAAAGACUCAACGACGGUACAGGACCCCUUUCAUCCAUUCCAGCUACCCAGUAUUACAGAUACAAGUCAUCUCUGCAUAGGCAUACCAAAGGAAUACAAUGCGCCAGAAUUGUCAAGUGAAACGCUGGCAGUGUGGUCCAAGGCAGCCGACCUCUUUGAGAAAGCAGGCGCCAAAGUGGUUGAAGUGAGUCUGCCCCACACUUGUUACUCAAUUGUCUGUUACCAUGUCCUGUGCGCAGCUGAAGUAGCAUCAAACAUGGCCCGAUUUGAUGGUCUGGAGUAUGGGCAUCGCAGCCGUGCUGACAAGUCCACCGAAGCCUUGUAUGCAGCAACGCGCCGGGAAGGCUUUAAUGAUGUUGUAAGGGGACGAAUUCUGUCGGGAAACUAUUUCUUGCUAAAACAGAAUUACGAGACCUAUUUCAUUAAAGCCCAGAAAGUGAGAAGACUCAUUGCUGCUGAUUUUGCAAAAGUCUUCAGUUCCGGUGUUGACAUUCUGCUCACUCCAACUACUCUCAGCCACAGUGUGCCAUAUGUAGAGUUCAUCAAAGAAGAUAAUAGAACCCGCAGCGCCCAGGAUGACCUUUUCACUCAGGCUGCUAACAUGGCUGGGCUACCAGCUGUAAGCGUUCCUUCAGCCCUCUCUGAGGGAGGCUUGCCACUCGGGCUGCAGUUUAUUGGCCGUGCAUUCUGUGAGCUGCAGCUUCUCACUGUAGCUAAGUGGUUUGAAGAGCAAGUCCAGUUCCCGGCGAUUCAGCUACAGGAACAGAUAAUGGAACAGGUUGAUGCUGUCUCUCAAGAGGAGAAAUCAGCAUCUUUCCCCUGAUCUAAGACUGGAAAUGAUUAACUAUACAGAUUCUGAAGCAGCCUACAUCUGUGUUCAAAGAUUCAAGAAUACAAUUUCUAUAUGAAAAAGGCUCUGAUUCAAGAAGCAAAUACAUUAGAAUGGAAUACAAAGA